AUGGCGCUUCGCCUCCCCCAGACGCCGCCGCCUAGGAUUGUUUCACUAGGCAUAAAGCCUAUGGAGGUCGUAUUUGACAGUGGUAGCACCUAUACCUACUUUACUGCCCAGCCAUACCAAGCUGUUGUCUCUGUGCUCAAGGGUGGUCUCAGCAAGUCACUUAAACAGGUGUCAGAUCCUGAGCUGCCUCUGUGCUGGAAAGGGCAAAAGGCAUUCAAAUCUGUGUUUGACGUCAAGAAGGAAUUCAAGCCAUUGUCUCUGAGCUUUCCCAAUGCCAAGAAUGCUAUCAUGGACAUCCCUCCUGAAAACUACCUAGUUGUCACUAAAAAUGGAAAUGUGUGCUUGGGCAUCCUUGAUGGAACGGCAGCUAAGCUGAGUUUCAACGUAAUUGGAGUGGAUGCCUCCAAGGAUGGAACAAGUGCAUGA